AUGGCACAUAGAGUAAACCACGAAUACGAUUAUUUAUUCAAGAUUGUACUGAUCGGAGAUUCGGGUGUCGGAAAAUCCAACAUCCUUUCAAGAUAUACAAGAAAUGAGUUUUGCUUGGAUUCCAAGUCUACUAUCGGUGUUGAAUUUGCAACAAGAACGCUUCAGGUAGAAGGGAAGACGGUGAAAGCACAGAUAUGGGACACGGCCGGUCAGGAACGAUACCGAGCAAUCACAAGUGCUUACUAUAGGGGUGCUGUCGGGGCACUUCUCGUUUACGACAUAACCAAGAGUCAAACCUUUAACAACACCCUGCAAUGGCUCAAAGAACUGCGAGACCAUGCCGGUUCAAACAUCGUCGUAAUCAUGAUGGCUGGCAACAAAUCGGAUCUCAACCAUCUCCGAGCAGUGUCGAAGGAAGACGCUGAGAGCUUUGCCGACAAAGAAGGUCUGUCGUUCCUGGAGACAUCGGCACUCGAUGCUACCAAUAUCGAGAAAGCCUUUCAAAAGAUGUUGCUCGAUAUUUAUCAAAUACUGAGCAGAAGAUCUUUGGCAGGGCAAGAAACUUCAGCUACGAGCCUUCCUCGAGGAACCAAUAUCGAUGUCUCUAAGAAGAACAAAAAUAGAAAUAAAAUCGCUUGUUGUUCUUCGUAGAGUGAAGCGAUCUUUUUAGGUACACAUGAAAAUAUUUUGAUUGUUUUUGCAUAAUCAUUAAUAUCCGAUUCAUUGGUCGA